GUUCAGUUCGCKUCAAACCUCGUGCAAGAAAGAAGUUUAUAUUUUUCGAUAAUCAUUCUGUAUCAAUCGUUGUUUUUUCAAAAAAUUCAAGCCAUGGGAGCACUUGAAAGCAAACGUUGGAGUGAAAUKCCAGCCGAAACUCCGCAAAAAUCAAUUCUCCCCGACGAUGGAAUGGUUGACCCUCGCUCGCCGACAUUGCAGUACAACCGAACCCCAAUACUGCUACAAGAAUACGAUGAAUCGCCACAAAAUAUAAACUCAAGAGCAGAAUUUCGUGAUCCCCGCUCUCCAAGCGUCAAAAUCACUCGUACUCCUUUGGACUCAUCAAAAACUUCAUUAGAAAACGAAGACGUAUUUGAAUCGCACAACAUUGAUGGUAUCACAAACCCUGCWUUUWMUUCAUCAUCCGCMAAAGCAGACUCUGGUGUUUCAACGUUACGAAAAGARAAAGCAAAUCUUAAAAAGACGACAAGCCCUGGUGAUUUUAAGCGAAGAAACAGACUAAGCAGACGACAGUCGUUGCCACAAAAACUGUUUUCAGACAAAGGGUCGACGCUWCCUCGAUCGCCCCUCGCGCAGCGAAACUACUCCRUGCCUGAYGAUGAUACUCUGGUCUCUGGAAAGAAUAAAAAGUUCACUUUUGUGCCAAGAAAGAAGGGAUUCAUUGCAGAGGACUUUGCAGUAGACAAAGAAAAYGCUGUGGAACAACUUUUGCUCUGAAGUAGCACAGGACUUCAUAAAAUGAAAUUUAGAUUCAAAACGUUAAAUGACAAAGUUUAUAGUGACUUUCUAAAAGUUAAAAUUUUAUUUUGCAGUUAUCGCAACAACGCUUGUAUAUAGGCUAGCUUAGUAAUUUUGAGGAGAAAUAUUGAACAUUGUUGGUUAGAGCUUUACAAAUCAUAUAGCUCAACAUACAGUAAACACUUGGGAAUCAAAUAAUGUCAUAAGCCAGGAUGGCUGUAUAUAUUGGUAAAGAUCAAUUCAUAGCUGUUAUCCAAAAUAAAUUCAUUUUACUACUA